ACGGCAUUUAUUGGUCUCAUACUCAACGCAUUCAUCGCCAUCUAUAUACGACGCCUCGCAGUACUCCGAAAUUCUUUUGGACGACUACUUCAGCUACAGCGAUAUCAAAGCGAUUCAACGCAUCGAAGUGGCCGCUCGAUUUGGUCAGCUUUGUUUAAUAUGCUACGACAUAUCCAUCUAUACUCACUUGGUUAUUUCGUUGAACAGAUUUGUUUCUGUCUACAUGCCGACACAUUACAAAGCGAUAUUCACUGAACGUUUCACGACUAUUCUAAUUGC